AGUCACGUGUGGGGCAGAGUCCGCGGGAUGGGCGCGCUGGGCCGGGCGCUGCUGGCGCUGCAGCUCUGCGUGCUGACCCGGGCGGCCCAGAAACUCUGGGUCCCCAACACCGACUUCGAGUCCGGGGACAACUGGAGCCAGAACCGGACACCCUGCGCCGGCGCCGUCGUGCUGUUUCCAGCAAAGAAGAUGGUGUCAGUCCUGGUGCGAAGCAGCCACGGGGUGUCUGACAUGCUCCUGCCUCUCGACGGAGAAUUCGUCCUGGCCUCUGGUGCCGGCUUCUUCGCCCAGGACACCCAGUCGGACUCAGGCUGCCCCUCAGAUGCGCCCGCCGCCUUCCGGGACCCCGACCGUUUCUCCUGGUUCGACCCGCGCCUGUGGCGGAGCGCGGACGCGGCGCACGGGCUCUUCUCCGUGGACGCCGAGCGGGUGCCCUGCCGCCACGACGCCGUGGUCUUCCCGCCGGACGGCGCCUUCCGCGUGCGGCUCGGCCCGGGCGCCCCGAGCGUCCGCAGCGUGUCCGCGCUGGGCCAGACGUUCUUGCGCCCCGAGGACCUGGCGGGCUUCCUGGCGUCCCGCGCCGGCCGCCUGCGCUUCCACGGCCCGGGCGCGCUGGGCCUGACCCCCGGGGGCUGCGGAGACGCGUCGGGCUGCGUGUGCGGCAACGCCGAGGCGCAGCCCAGCAUCUGCGCCGCCCUCCUGCAGCCCCGGGGCGGCCGCUGCCCCCCGGCCGCCUGCCUCGACGCCCUCCUGCCCUCCGGCCAGUGCUGCGGGCUGUGCGGAGCCGUCGUGGCGCUGACCCCCGGCCCCGCCUUUGACCUGGCCCGGUACCGGGCGCGGCUGCUGCGCGAUUUCCUGGCGCAGCCCGAGUUCCGGGGGCUGCAGGCCGCCGUGUCCAAGGUGCCGCGGGCCUCGCCGGGCCGGGCUGCGGGUGCCGAGAUCCAGGUGGUGCUGCUGGAGGCCGGGCCCCCGGUGGGCAGCGCAGGCCGGCUGGCCAGGGCGCUGCUGGCCGACGCGACGGAGCAGGGCCCGGCCCUGGGGGUGCUGUCCGCGUCGAUGCAAGAGUCGGGUGCGGCCAUCGGGGGCUCGGCGGGCGGACAGGCCGCUCCCGGGCCUAGUACAGGGUUGGCGGGCGGCCUGGUGGCAGCCGCACUAUUUCUGGUGUUGCUGUUGGGGGCCCUGCUGCUGCUGAGAGCGAGGGGUCUCAGGUGGAGGCGAGGCGCUGAGGGGGACCCUACACCUCUGGGCUUCCCCAACCCCAUGUUUGAUGCGGCGAGCUCUGCAGAAGUGGCCCCUACAGCCCCCGCCCAGGAGGCCAGGACCACCAGCCAGAGCUGCUUCGUGAACCCCCUGUUCCACACGGAGGCCUGAGCCAGCCCUGCGCCCCCUGCCCCCCACCCCUGCUGCACCCCUUCCCUCUCUCCCUGCGCCCCCACCAUGCCGAGUCGUGGUGAUCGCAAUAAAGUCAUUGCCUGGA